AUGAGCCCACCUACCGAUCGAGAGCAAAUUCUUUCGGGUUUCCGGCAGCAAAUAAAAGCCGGAAAGCCUCUUGUUGGUGCUGGCGCUGGCAUCGGACUUUCCGCGAAGCAUGUCGAGGCUGGUGGCGGUGAUUUGGUGAUCAUCUACAAUUCCGGCCGGUUCAGAAUGAACGGCCAUGGCUCUCUCGCUGGUCUCAUGCCUUAUGGAUCUGCCAAUGACACCGUGGUCGAAAUGGCAAAGGACGUCCUUCCGGUGGUCAAAAACACGCCAGUGAUCGCCGGCGUCUGCGGUACGGACCCGUACAAAGACAUGCCUCGCUUCCUCGCGCAGCUCCGUGAUAUGGGAUUCGCUGGAGUUCAGAACUUUCCUACGGUGGGCUUGAUCGACGGUCAGUUCAGGGCCAGUCUCGAAGAGACGAACAUGGGGUUUCAAUUAGAGGUCGACAUGAUUCGUUCGGCUCACGAGCUGGGCAUGUUGACAACGCCGUAUGUUUUCGACGCGGAAGAGUCCACAAGCAUGGCGGAGAAUGGAGCCGAUGUCGUGGUUGCGCACAUGGGGUUGACGACGUCUGGAUCCAUCGGUGCGAAGUCAGGCAAGACUCUUGACGAAUGCGUUAUCGAGAUCCAGAAGAUCAGAGACGCAGCCAUCAAGGUCAAUCCGGAAGUCAUCGUCCUGUGCCAUGGUGGUCCCAUUGCAGCGCCGAAGGACGCCAAGUAUAUUCUGGAAAGAGUCAAAGGAAUCCAUGGCUUCUUUGGAGCAUCGUCAAUGGAGAGGAUCCCAGUGGAAGAUGCCAUCACGAACAUCACCAAGGAGUUCAAAAAAAUUCUGGACUGA